AUGGCAACGGCUUGGGUUGCUAUAAAACAUUCUGUAUCGCCACCGAAGAAGAAAUUGAGCAAAAAGGAAAAGGCCCGUUUGGAGGCCGAGCAGGCGGAAUUGUUACGAAUUGAAAUGGAGAGGGAAAAACUCAAAAAACUCGAAGAGGCUCGGCAGCGUCGCAAAAUCGAACGCGAACAGGCCAAGCACCGUUUGCAAAUGGAAAUCCUGGAGAAUAAACAACGUCGUUCGCAACUUAAAAACAGUAUGGCCUUCUUCAAUCAGGUACGUCAAACCAUCGAUGGGAUAAAACGUAUGGCCAAAGAUGAAGUUGAUUGGGAGAAAUUUAUGCGUUGUAAUGGCCUACCGAAUGCCAAUAGCCCCAGUGAUUUACGUAAAUACAUCCAUCAAUGGAAAAUGGAUGUAGAGAGGAGAAAUCGCGAGUCGCGAAAUUGGUUACUGAAGACCAACGAAAGAACGUUGUUAACACAGGAUUUUACUGUGCCGGAUCUUACCAAGGCAACGUUGCGAAAACAGCAGGGUAAUUUGGGUGAUGUCUAUGCCCAGCGUGUCAAGGAGAUAUUGGGAAUCCUCCAAGAACUCAAUGAUGCUCUCAAUGACAAGACCAAACCUCAGCAUACCCUAACCGAUCUGGGUAAACUUAAGACAGAAAUACGAAUUUUACUCAAAGAAUAUUUGGAUGAUUUUACCUACAAGACCAUGUCGCAUGUGGAAAGGGAUAUGGAGAUUGAUCGACCAGGAGUAUCAAAACACAUCUACGAUUCGGAAGUAUUCAAAAGUUUUAUAUGGACUUUCUCCAAGGAUGCACAGAUUUCCCUUAGCGCCAAACCGAGAAUCGGGGAGCAAAAUCUACACAAUGAAAUUGAGUUCCCCUUGAUGAAAAUGUUAUUAUCCUUACCACCAUCGGUAACACUUUACAGCUCCGCCUUAAGGGGUCUAUGGUUAAACUAUGAUCACCUAAGCGAUUAUUGUCCAAGUUUUAAUUUGAAGAAACCCCGAUCACCGCAUAUAAAUAUGUUACACCAAACAAAAAGAGAAUGGCGUAAACGCAAAGAGAUCCUGCAAAAUAUGUUGGAUGAAUGUUCGAAGGAAAUUCCGCUGCAUGAAUUGGAACAAUACGAACAAGAGGGUGCCAAUCAAAAGUCAAGGGAGAAAAAUCUCGAUGUGGACAAGCUGUAUUUGGAAUAUGAAGAUGAAUUAAAUAAGCUGAGACGCAAAGCAAUUGGUCCGGAAAGUUUUGGCCUCUUAGAUACUGAUGUUAAUUUGAGGAAAUAUCGCAUCAUUGGUGGUGUCUAUUGUUUGGAUUAUUUGGAAACACCGCAGCAGGAUAAGCAGUUGAAUUCACGGUCCUUUAUAAGGACGAUUUUAGCUCCAAACAAACUCUCCCAUAAGGUGUAUUAUCAGACCUAUAAACCCCCACCACCUCCCUUGCCGGGUGUUAGACGAUUGCCGGAAGAAAUUGAGGCUGAGAUGCGUAUGGUGGAGGCAGCUUUGGAUAAAUUGGCCUUGGUUACAGUGGACUUACCCGACAGUGUUAUAUGGUUCGAGCCCCCCAUUGCCUGUCGUUGGGAAACUCAAAUGGAAACUCUCGAAGCCGAUUUAAUGGAUGGGGCAAAACCAACAACAAACAGUAACAACACCACCGAAGCAACACCCAUACCCACAACCACAAAUGCCAGCCCCCUUAAAAGCCUGUCACCCCGUUUCCCCUUAUCGAAGUUACGUAAGAAGAGUUCACAAAAAUCUGCUGCCGGUGCCACCGGCAACUUACCCGUGAGAGAAAUUACCGACUUCGAUAUGUUUAAUAUUCCCAGUGAUAUCGAUAUUUAUGGUUUGGUAAAAGAUUUCAUUGUACCUCGAAUACCACAAGGAUUUUGUGUUCGAUUCGAUACCGAACGCCUUAAACAAUUCCAACAGCAACAACGUAAGGCGCGUAAGCAUAACAAGCGAUGGAAACAGCCAAGGCGUCUGCUGUAUUUGGCUAAGCCUAAAAAUGUAACAUUUACACCAAUUCCCAUUAGGUCGGUGGCCACCACCACAACCACCACCGCCGACCACGGAACCUCAAAGAGCUCUUGUUCCAGUAGCUUUGAUAAUGAUAUGGCUGAGGAAAAAAUGGUUGUGGUUGUGAUGGAAGAAACAACAACACCACCAACAGUAACCGGCACCAAUGGCAAUGCUGCAAAGGCUCAAAACACAUUGGAAAAUCUACUGCAAAGAUCUCGCAUUACUGAGGAUUUUCUAGAUUUGGAUGAGCCUCGGGAAUUCUUUCCAAGUGUUCAAUUUGAAAAAGUAUUAAAAAUAAAACCUUAUCCAGCCGCAGCAGCAGCAGCGACACCAAUCACCAUUGACGACAAUGACAAACACAGAGUGGCAGAUACAUUGGAUUUAAAACAAAACCGUCGUCCUAGUGAAACAUCCUAUAAGGAUGAGAAAACCAAAGCUGUCAGUCGUAACAGCAGUAAGGGUAGCUUAGCAAGUGACAAGAGUUCACAAAGUAAACGUAGCGUUCAUACAGUGGGUAGUGAAGUAUCAAGGCGAUCGUCAUCGAACCAGAGUGAUUCAAAGGAAACGGAAGAGGAUAGGGAGUUAACUUCGUAUAUGUUUUCGCAAUUAAUAGAGGACUUGGAUCGUUUGUGCGAAUUACAAAUGCCACUGCAGGGUGAAGCUUUAGAAAAGAUUUCAGCAAAUCUAAUGGGGAGAAAUGGCAGCAAUAACAACAAAAACAACAACAAUAAUGGGAAUGGAGGUGGCAGCGGUGGAGCUACGUCUCCCAACACCAUGGAAGGUGGCGCAGCUCAAUCUUCGCCUGCAACUAUACCAGGUGGCAAUGCAGCCGCAGCAGCUGCAGAUACUGGUGCCAACAACGCUUCAGGUCUUGCCUACUAUUCGGGUAUAUCUUUUAUACGUGAUUCCGAUGCCAUGCCAGGUGGAGAGGAGCAGAACGCCGAGGAUGAGGAGGAGGUCCUAUUAGAUGAUGAAAGUAGUUCGGAUGAUGAAUAUGAUGAUGAUGAAGAGGAUGAUGAUGAAUAUCUUUUAUAUGAUACAAUGAAUACUAAUGGCACGGGAGUGGGUGGUGGUGGAGGUGCGGGUCUGAAUGAUCCAACCAUAACCACGGAUGACAAUCUAACAUAUCGCAGUGAUGCAAGUGGUGGCACCAGUGCCGGUGGUAAAGAAGGAGGAUUGCAAGAUUUUUUGAAAACCCAUGCAGCUAACAGCAAUAGUGGCAGUCUGGCGAAUGGGAAAAAGUCAAAACUGUCAAAUCCAGCCGCUACCUUUACCGAAGGCAAAUGGAGUACACGAGAUGUACAUGAUACCAAAUUCAAUGAGGAUAAACUUUCCAUACAAUUUCGAACAGGUCGUUUAGGAAUUUUUGGAUUUGCCUUAAACCGAUACAGCAAUAUGCCCUAUCAGACAUGGGAAAUAAAACCGGAUUUGAAAAAUCCUGGGACAAUUCUCUUCAGUUUCACAGCAUCAUUGGUUAGUCUCGAUAUAACCAUAACCUCUGAGGGUUAUUGUGUCAAUAAUUUUCAAGGUGGCUCAACCACUGCCAUUAAUGAGAUGAUUGGUCGAACAUUGUCAUUAGAGGCGAUUAAAGAGAUUUUGAUUUCUUCGGCGGUCGAUAUAUUCCCCGAUGAGGAUGCCUUCUGUUAUACGGAGGGUUCGUGCGAGAAGAACUAUGUCAUGGAAAUGCAUUUGUAUGCGUGUAUGUCAACAUUGGCCCUAUCACACAAUUUCAGUUGGUCACGUUGGAAUCUGUUGGCUGGUAGCCGGACUGCGGUCUUGUUAAUCCGUGAAUUGAUCGAAGGUAAAAAAGUGCCCAACCACUCUACAUUGUUGGUAACCCCCUUGAAGACAGCCAUUAUCGAUUGCACCGAAGUUUCGGCCAGUUUUAAUUCACUGGGUAUCACUGGUAUGGAAUAUUAUGCCGAUCUUUAUCAAUUGGCACAAGUCCAUGCCCAACCAUGUAGCCUUGAGAAACAACGUACCAUGGAUCCAAUGCUGCGGGACAAUGUAGCCACUAUAUUAAUGGCAAUACGACCCUUGAGUUUUUGUUAA